CAUGGUGGAAUUCCCAGCAGUUCAGGGGCCAGUUUUGCCCAAAUCAAGAACAUAAAGGUUUAUGCAGUCUGACAAAGGAGAUUUUCGUCGAGUAAUAAUGGGAGACAAAGAAUGACACUUAAAAAGAUGUAGACCUUUGAGUAGUUUUCUGUUUGGGGCCCAAGACUGGUCAGGAUCCACAUCCAGCUCUGGACUCUCCUAUCCUCAGUAAUGCUUCUCUUUCCAAGACAUCCACCUGGCUAGUAUGCAGUGAGGGGGACCAAGGGCUCUUCCUUUCCUUCUCAUAUUGGGAAAGCUCCAAGCCUGUGGUUAUGCAAUCAAGGAGGACAUUUCUAGGAUCCACUCCCUUAAUCUCCUCAUUAAAAUUCAGGAAGCUGUGUGCCUGCCCCUGGCUGAAGUGCCGUUUGGCCAAGAGCUUUUGUCCCACUUAUGAAUACUUCUUGCUGGAAGUCCAUCACCCAGAGGCCAGCUCUCCCAACCUCCGGACGAUCUCAGAGCGCCAUGACACGGGAGGGGCAGUUCAGGGAGGAACUGGGCUAUGACCGGAUGCCCACUCUGGAGAGGGGUCGGCAGGAUGCAGGACGGCAGGACCCAGGCAGCUACACCCCUGACUCAAAGCCCAAGGACCUGCAGCUGUCGAAGAGGUUGCCCCCGUGCUUCAGCUACAAGACAUGGGUAUUCUCUGUGUUAAUGGGGAGCUGCCUUCUUGUGACCUCUGGGUUUUCGCUCUACUUGGGGAACGUGUUCCCCUCCGAGAUGGAUUAUUUGCGCUGUGCAGCAGGCUCUUGCAUCCCCUCAGCAAUUGUGAGCUUCGCUGUUGGGAGGAGAAAUGUCAGCGCGAUUCCCAACUUUCAGAUAUUGUUUGUUUCCACGUUUGCCGUGACUACAACAUGUUUAAUCUGGUUUGGAUGUAAACUGAUCCUGAAUCCUUCAGCCAUAAAUAUUAAUUUCAACCUCAUCCUGCUCCUGCUGUUGGAGCUCCUCAUGGCAGCCACGGUGAUCAUCUCGGCCCGGUCCAGUGAGGAGCCCUGCAAGAAGAAGAAGGGUUCCAUCUCGGACGGCACUAACAUUCUGGAUGAAGUGACGUUUCCUGCUCGGGUCCUAAAGUCCUACUCUGUGGUAGAAGUGAUUGCUGGUGUCUCCGCUGUCCUCGGUGGGGUGAUCGCUCUAAACGUAGAGGAAGCUAUCUCGGGUCCACAUCUCUCGGUGACGUUCUUUUGGAUUUUAGUGGCUUGUUUUCCAAGUGCCAUUGCCAGCCAUGUGACAGCAGAAUGUCCCAGCAAGUGUCUGGUUGAGGUGCUGAUAGCUAUCAGCAGCCUCACAUCCCCGCUGCUGUUCACUGCCUCCGGAUAUCUGUCCUUCAGCGUGAUGAGAGUUGUGGAGAUUUUUAAAGAUUACCCACCAGCCAUCAAAUCUUACGAUGUACUCCUGCUGCUCCUGUUGCUGCUGCUGCUGCUUCAGGGGGGGCUCAACACUGGCACUGCCAUCCAGUGUGUGAGCUUCAAAGUCAGCGCCCGGCUGCAGGCUGCAUCCUGGGACCCCCAGUCCUGUCCCCAGGAGCGGCCAGCAGGGGAGGUGGUCCGAGGCCCCCUCAAGGAGUUUGACAAAGAGAAAGCCUGGAGAGCUGUGGUGGUGCAAAUGGCCCAGUGACUACAGGAUAAAGAGACUGAGUCUGGGUGUCUGCCCGGCCCCCAGCAUGCUCCACCGUAUGGACUCUAACCAUUGCACACGGCUACUGCUUUCUAACAUACUAUUUCCCUCCCACGAGGGCAGCCCAGGCUGCAAGAUGGCUUUUUAUUUCCUGUAGUAGUUUAACUUUGAAACAGGCAAAUGUUGAGUGUUGGGCCCUGUUAGGUUUCAGUGUGUGCAUCUCAGGUGACCCUAAUGGCCUGGGUGAUGCUUUUUUCCCAGCCCUCCUCACUUCCUGGGUUGACCCUCAUUCACCAGGACCUGGUGUUCUGGCCUUAGGGCACUUCCACGCCUUGGCAUGCUUGCCACAGUGCAGGGAUAGUUUGGCUGUGAGACUCACAGAUGGUUUGUAUAUCACCUCCCCAGACCCCAGCGGACAGAGAACCGAGGGACCUAUAGCAAGUGGGUCCUUUGUGAAGCUGGGGUUCGUUUUAGGGAUUGCCUUCUGGGAAGGGAGCCUCUGUGCUUGGGAAGACAGCAUGCCUUUACUGAGCUGGGGGAUCGAUGGGUUCCCUUCCAGGAAGGAUAGGGGAAACAGGGGUACAUCUUGUGCCUCAGAAGAACUGCCAGGGACAGGGAGAUAGUGAAAAUCCUUCUAGGCAGCUCACUUGUAGAUGCACAUGACUCUGCCAGGAUUCAGGAAAAGCGUGGUCAUUUUCAAACAGAGGGAUGCAAGGACAGCACCUGACAGGGAUCACGUAGGAGCAGAGCGGCCCCGUACCCAGUGUCAGGGACUUCCGGUCCUAUCUCCAUCCUCUGCGGCCUGCCCCAAACAAGUUCCAUGAGAGGUCAUUUUUGCUUGCCUAUGUGCGGAGCCCACUGGGCUUGGGGCCUUUGCAGCUCUAUCUACCACAUGCUAUUGGGUGGGAAGGGUCCCACUGGGCUGACAAGCCAUCGCUGGAAGUCUUGAGCUUUCAAGGACUAGAAUGAGGCGGCAAGAGCAUUGCUGCCGGCUUGUACUUCUAAUUUUAGAGUUUUGUUGUUGUUGUUUUUUAACUGACUCAUAUAAGUGGGGUCUGAAAAUCGUCUCUUGUAUACUUUUGUCUGUUAUAGAUUAAUAUGCUUGAACAAUAAAUGCUAACGAGCAAAUGUG